GUGAACUCUGAUUGGACAAUCACCACCUGGAGCCUGGAGUCUAUCCAAUUAGUGCAGUAUUUUGAGCUAGCAUGUGUGGCGAAUCCAAUUCCCUGAUUUCCUUUUUGAAUCAUACAAGGGAAGCCGUGUUGUUUGGCAGUAAUAAUCAUCUUUUUGCAUGUAUGGAGGCAGCAGCGUCCACGCCACAUCAUGCGUAUGGCCUGGGCCCUCGAGGUCCGAAUCCAUCUCAUGGAGCGCAGCAGGCCCAGGGGCCCCACCAGGCCACUCAGGGGCCUUUUGGAGCUCCACGUGCUGAGGAGCAGCACCAGCAGCCUCAGCAACACCACAAACCCUUCUUCUACAUACAGCCGGCACAGCCUUAUCUGCCCGUGCAGAGUCUGCAGUGGCCUGUGCCCUUGCCCAUGCCCGUGUCCUACAACCCCUACUGUGGCUACCCCGGCUUAGGUUACGGCAUGCCUGUGAUGCCUCACUAUCAGCCGAGCCCGUACGUGGAGCCUCCGGGCUAUGUUAUGCCUCAUACCCACCUCCAUCUGAUGGACUACAGGCGUAUGCUGAACCCCCACUAUUACCAAACCAUGGCCUAUCAUGCCCGCAGGUUCCGCUACCAGCACAACGCCCCACCGAGAGAAAUGAUAAGCUCUGAGGUGCAGACUGAGCCGCUGAGGUCUAACCCCGCGGCCUCCGCCGAGGAUGAGGCCUCCAAUAGCCGCACGGUCUGCAACGACCCAGACGAAACCACCAGUCUCUCCACAGCCUUGGCAGUGCAGAGAGUGGACAGGCGGUCGGUGGACCACAGGGACGCGGCGCUGUCUUCCACAACCAGAGCACCGCCGAAGAGCAGCUUCGUAAUCCAGACAGAGGAGUUGAGGAUCGAGUGCUGCACGACCCCGGUGGGACUGCAGGUCCUGCGCUCUCAUGAGACCGCAGAGUUGGCUCGUGCUUUCUCCCAAGACGUGGCCCAGUGUAGCUCCAUCCAUGAGGGUGGACUGGGACUGUGUCUGCCUGCGGAUCAGCCAGAGCAGAGCCGCAAAACCUGUCCUGACAUCCUGCUGGUGGGAACGCCCUCGGAGAAGAUCCCCGCUGUGGAGGAGUCCAGGAACCAGAUGGAGCCCGUAGGUGUGGCUUCAGAUGUGGGCUCAGGAGUCGUGGCGCAGAGUGAUGCCCAGGCGACAAGGUGCGAGACAGAUCAGACUGUAAGCAGAAGCUCCAAGGGGGUUCAUUUUAAGGUACUCCACCUGCCCUUUGACCUGAAGUAUCCGGAUGAGCUGAGCCAGAUGGAGUCCACUGUGUGGUCACUUGAGGACACGUGCUUUCCCACCUCUGAAUGGCUGAUGGAAAAUAGCCUCAUGGAGACCCGCAUGCAAGCGCUGACUCCUGUAGCAGAAGCCACCCAGGCAGAUGCAGUGGCGGUGAGAGGAGAGGUUCCUGCAGUUGAGAUCUCUAUGACGGAGGACGUCCUCACAGUGGAGAGUCCCGUGGUUGAGUUGGCGUCGGAAGCCGAUAUCUGCCUUGCAACGGAGGCUCCUGUUACAGAAGAGGCUCCUGUGUCAGAUCUGACCCCCAUAGCUGAGGUCACUCUUACACCCGUCUCUCUGUUUCCGGGCAAUUGCUCUCCAAUGGCCGAUGUGAACCAGCAGAGAGGGAGAGUGAAUUAUCAGGAUCAUCAGGAGACUUCAUUCGAGUCGCUGCCUGCCUACCUUCCCUCGACCAGUUGGCUUGCUGAUUUUGAGAAUAUCUACUAUCACAGCAAAACACCACAAACUCCUCAGAAGCAGCCCAAACCUCUGAGCAGCCACGGUGCCGAAGUGCCCGGCAGAAGAAGAAAACUAGAAUUGGAGUACAAGGAGCGCCCUGCUGUGCUUAAUCCAAAAGAGAGAUGCAAAAAGAAAGCCAAGGUGGAUCGGAAAAGCUUCUCCGACCACGAAUGCUUCCUCAACAGAAACUUCAGUGAGAAUGUGCUCACCCUCUGUGGCUCCAAGGGGGAGCGACUUUGUAAUCGAUGUCAGGCAAAACGCCGGAUCCGCAUAUCCUCCAGCCCGGGACUAGACGCGCAGAUCUUGAAAAGAAAAUCUGUUCCCUUCCAGCCGUGGAAUGACACACUGUUACCGACGUGUGAAGCCUGCAAGUCUCACUCGAACAACAAACGACUGGCGGCGAGGCUUUCCAGCUCUGACGUUCACAGGCCGUAUCAUGAGGACGACACUGAGGGAGAGACUUCAGAGAACAGCUCAUGUCAGAUAGGGCCAAACUGGAGGGACCCCGCAGACGCCAAGAAGACCUUUAACCCUAAGAGGCCACUUGCACCGAAGCAUCACACGGUGAAGUGUCCCGCAGCACUGCACCCAAAGCUCAGGGAAAAGAACUGCGCCUGUAAUGAGUCGCAGCAGCAGCCCGUCACAUGGGAGAGGCUGUACCAGCGUCCCCAUGGCAACGCCAACAGGGAAAUGAAUGAGGAGAACUGUGACGUGCCGGUUCCCCUUCAGGACAAAUGCAGGAACGCGGAUCAGAGAUACCUGCCACACAGAUGGCAAACUGAGAAGUCAUGGAAAGCAGCAGUGUCUCACCCAGACACGGACAGCUUGAAGAAUGGAGCCAGAUCAAAACACUUGAAUAAACACAUGAAAUCACAACCACAGUCACAAGGAACUCAUAGAAAAGACACAAGAUGGUGAUUUACACAAGAGCACAGUUAAAAGUGAAGCAAAGCACAUUUUAAAUAUUUACACUUUUAUGUAUAAAAUACCGAAUCACAUUAUUCACUAUUUAUUACCAAUCAAAUAAACACACCUCUUUAUUACA